AUGGCUGCACAACAACAAGAACUAGAUGAGAAGAACCCAUUCUAUGAGUUAGUUGUCAUUUGUAGUACUUCUGGUCAAUUUGACCAAACCGUAAAUUCGUUCAAAGAUAUUAUAAAGAAGUCUAAGUUAGUAUGUAUAAAAGACUCUGAGUUGUUAGAUUGGAUAAAGAAGUACCAAAGAAGAGUUUUGAAGUACAAUGCUAUAAAUGAGUAUAUAAAUUCGAAGUUUAAAGACCCAAAUGAGGAAAUGCAGAGAAUAUUAGAGAAGAAACACUUCAGAAACAAACAGAAAGAGAUAGAAUACAUUUCGAAGAAAUUGCAAUCUUACGAUUGGAAGACUUACCCUCAUAGAUGUCUUCUUAUCUUAGACGACUUUGCAUCUCAUCCUUUGUUAAAGAACAGAGAACAAGAUAUGUGUCGAAUUCUUAAGAAGCUCAGACACUUUAACAUCUCAGUUGUCAUUUGUGUACAGACAGCAAAGAGUUUAAGUAAGGAUGUAAAGAGAAUACUUACUGACAUUGUACUUUUCCCCGGAUUGUCCGAAGACGAUUUCAUGGAACUUAUGAAAGAGUCCAUGGCAGGUAAGUUUGACAGACAUGAACUAUGGGAGAAGUACAAAGUCAUACAAGACCCUCAUACUUCUUUCAGAAUUCAUAUCUACGCAAACAAAGUUCAAAUUGUAAAAAGUCAAGCUUGA